AAAUUGUAGAAACUGUUCGGUCAGGACUCGAUGUGAAGUUUACUAAUGACGUGAAAUACGCUCUGGAACAUGGUUUAAAACAUCUAGAAAAGUGUGAAAUUGAGGAAGGUGUGUUUUGGUCAGUUGAUGUUAUUACCUUAUAUUAUAUGUCAACUGUAAUCAAUUUAUAUUAUUUGCUGCAUUUCUGGCUCACAAUACUGCAAUGUUCCUGGAUUAAAAACGAAGAGUUACGCGCCCGCAUUUCGUACCAUGUCAUUGAAUUUAAGUCUUUACAACUUGCCCUGGCACUCCUCGAGAAAUAUUACAACGAUUCAAAACAAGUUUAUUCGACAAGAUUUUCAGAAUGGUACUUACAAGCGGUUCUUACCUGUUCUCCAGAAGGUUAUUUCAGCGAUGAUGAGAAGAAAAUCGCAGAGACGCUACUAUCAAACGUUUCACCUUUUGUAGAGUCGAAUUCUUACGAAGUUUCGGUUUUGCCGCGAGCAGUCUGGGAACGCCGUGGCUUUGAUGAUAUUACAGCUGUUGCUUUAUCUAACGAUUUGAAAAGUGUAGCAGUUGGAAUAAACAAUUUCAUCCAUGUGAUAUCCCUACCAACUUUAGUUCAAAUUAUGAAGUAUUCAACAAAAUCGGAAAGAAUUCAAUGUUGUACAUUUUCUCAGGACGAUUCGCUCAUAUUAUUUGGUAAACUGGAAACGGCGUUUAGCAUUGCUCGAAGAAAGGAAGUUCCAUUUUUCCCUGGAAAUGAAGAGACGUUCCUGUCCUGUGCAUUUUCCACUAAUGGCAAAAGACUGGUGACUAGCGACGGUUCAAACACCAUUAAACUGUGGGACGUUGCUAAACAAAAAUUGCUGUCGUCUCUUUGUGCUGGAUUUCGUGUUGAUGGGUGUUCUUUUAGCGUCACAGGGUUAUUUAUUAUUGCAAAUUUAAAAUAUGACUCUGAUCCGGGUUGUGUUUGGAACGCCAUCACAUUGCAAAGAAGUGAUAAGCGAAAAUUAUCUCACGGGGAAAGGGAGAAACCAGUUGUGUUUUAAAGAGUAGGAAAUGUGAACGAUGUUUUCAGCGAGGAUUUGAGGAACCAAAUUCCAAACAAUUAGAAAUAAGGCUACAUGACGAAUAUGAAAGAAAAUAUAUAAUGUCGUGUCCGUGGAUCUACAAAGGCGUGGAGUGUAUUUUUUCUGCGGAAGAAUUUUGUUAUUCGAGUGACACAGAAAGUAUUCCUUUGACUGCGAUUGUCGCUUGGAACUAUCUUGUUGCUGCUUCUGCCUUUUCUUUCCGUGCAAUCAAAAUACCAGUUUUAGAAGAUAAUCUGUGGCUCUAUUCAGAUAAUGAAAAACUAAUUGUCUUUAAGACAUUAGCUCCUAAACAAGAGCAAUCCUGUCUGUCACACCGACCGAAAGUUUACUCGAGUUCGUUUUCUCCUGACGGUUCUCGACUUGCAUCCUGCAACUCAGAUGGAUAUAUCAACGUAUGGAAUGUCUAUACCAGCCAAGUUGAACAACGGUUCAAAAGCAGUCAAUGCGGGUCAAGGUAAAAAUGCUGGUGGUCGGAAGAUUUCUUGUUUGUGAUUAGUGAAUUUAACAGGAUUCCCAAAGUAAUGCGAUACCCGGUAGAUGACAAUUUAGAGGUCUUGUUUACUCACAGUCAGGACGUGGCGCUGUAUGAUUUAGAUACCUCGUCAGAUUUCAUGGACUCUGAGGUUGGUUUUUCUGAAGGAUUUGUAAUCUCUGCUCUCAAAAGGAACGAACCGUUGGAAGUUCUCGAUGUCAGAGAUGUUGAUGGUCCUGCAAUGAUCAAUUUGCCUGGAAUUAGGCCUAUGAUGCAAGUAGAAAUCUCGCCUGGUGGUGCCUUUAUCUCUGGUUGUAAUGACGAUGAAUUUUAUAUUUGGAAACGAAAUACCGAGAAACCAACUUCGUAUGAAGUCUUUUAUCACUUUUAUUACUAUUCUGAAUUCGAUGAUGAUGAUGAGGUAACGACUGACGUAAGUUUUAGUAAUGAUUCCAAAGUCGCAGUAGUCAUGGACAGCAGUACCGAGAUGAGUAAGAUAAUUGAUCUGAACACUGGUGAUUCUAGAAAUAUGGCUUUGGCGUUCGAUUACGAUCAUGUGUCCACCAGGUCAUUUUGUAUUCACAAGAGAGGAAUUGUAUUAACUGUAUUUGAUCACCUGAUAAUAUUUUUUGACAUGUACUCUGGCGCGAUUCUCGACCAUUCCUAUCAACCAUACUUGAAGGUUUAUCUGGUAAAGCAUACAAUUAAACUUUCCCCAAAAGAAGACGUGCUGGCUUUUCCUGACCACAAAGGCGAUAUGGUGUUUCUUCGACUGUCUAUUCCACCAAAGCCUUUGUUGGACGAUAUUAAGCGACGGGCAGUUGCUUUGUUGGA